UGUGGGGGGGACUGUCGGAACCACCGAAGCCGAGGAGAUCCCAGCGUAACGGCGGCGGCGGCAGCAGCAGGCGCUAAUCCACUCGGCUUCGCGAUGGCCCAUUCUCCCGUGCAGGGCAACCUACCGGGGAUGCAGAAUGCCAGAGUGGACCCCGAGGAGCUGUUCACCAAGCUGGAGCGCAUUGGCAAGGGUUCUUUCGGCGAGGUGUUCAAAGGCAUCGACAAUCGCACGCAGAAGGUGGUGGCCAUAAAGAUCAUCGACCUGGAGGAGGCGGAGGACGAGAUCGAAGACAUCCAGCAGGAGAUCACCGUGCUCAGCCAGUGCGACAGCCCCUUCGUCACCAAGUACUACGGCUCAUACCUGAAGGACACAAAGCUAUGGAUCAUCAUGGAGUAUUUAGGAGGAGGCUCGGCUUUAGAUUUGAUGGAGCCCGGAGCUCUGGAUGAGACCCAGAUCGCCACCAUCCUCAGAGAGAUCCUGAAAGGCCUGGAGUACCUGCACUCCGAGAAGAAGAUCCACAGAGAUAUUAAAGCGGCAAACGUUCUACUAUCCGAGCAGGGAGAGGUGAAGCUGGCAGAUUUCGGCGUGGCCGGUCAGUUGACUGACACGCAGAUCAAACGCAACACCUUUGUGGGCACGCCCUUCUGGAUGGCACCAGAGGUGAUCAAGCAGUCUGCCUACGACUCAAAGGCGGAUAUCUGGUCGUUGGGUAUCACGGCGAUCGAGUUGGCCAAAGGCGAGCCGCCCCACUCGGAUUUGCAUCCCAUGAAGGUUUUAUUCCUGAUCCCAAAGAACAACCCGCCCACGCUGGAGGGCAGCUACUGCAAGCCCCUUAAAGAGUUUGUGGAGGCCUGCCUCAACAAAGAGCCCAGUUUUAGGCCAACAGCCAAAGAACUGCUCAAGCACAAACUGAUCGUCCGCUACGCCAAGAAGACUUCGUACCUGACCGAGCUGGUGGACAAGUACAAAAGGUGGAAAGCAGAGCAGUCCAGAACCGCAGAGUCCAGUUCUGAUGAGUCUGACUCAGAGCAGGACGGUCAGGCGUCGGGCGGGAAUGACUUUGGCAGUGACGACUGGAUCUUCACCAUUCGAGAAAAAGACCCCAAGAAGUUACAGAAUGGAGAAGGACAGUCGGGAGUAACAGACCAGACAAAAGACAUUCCAAAGAGGCCUUUUUCACAGAGCCUGGCUGCAGUCAUCUCUCCUGCGUUGGCUGAGCUAAAGGCGCGACAGGAGCAGGUCAAUGGGAACCCAAUGGUCCUGGACGAGCUGAAGGAGGCGAUCCUGCUGGCGGAGGAGGCCUAUCCCGGGAUCUCUGACUCUCUGGUAGCUCAUAUGGUUCACCGGCUGCAGAGCUUCUCCACAGGUAGGACGUCCUCCUCCCCGUAGUGACCAGCCCUGUGACCCAGCCUUUCUCUCCCAGACCCCCCACGCCCACCAACACCCCACCAGCUCAGAGGGGUUCAAAGUUGGGAGUGAAGUCCUUCAAUACCAGCUAGCUGCAUUUGACCUCUACGUGGGAGAGGCCGCUAACCUAGCCUGAAAAUAAGAAAAGAAAAAAUAAUCGACGACGAUAAUAAUAUUAAGAAGAACUGAACUCCAAAAGAGGAGCGCGGAAGAACUUCGGAGAGCUUCUGUCAUCCAUUAGCGAGAGGAGGAGCCUGUCCACUGGCCUCUCGCCGCAGCCGAAUCUGCAUGGACUCCGUUCAGCGCAGAGCCACAAACCCCUCCCCUCGAAUUCACAACCCCGCCCCUUACUGGAAUGCAGGCGCCACACCCCUCCCCCCCAAAAAAAACCCUCUUGAGAGCAUGCUUGACGAACCUGCAGGGAUGUGAUCAACAAGCUGUGUAUGUGCGUGUGCCUGUUCUCCUCCCUGUUUAGGCUAACUGCAGCAUUCUUAAUGAAACCUCAGGUAAAGUGCUUUAAAGUGGGACUGUGUCCUCCGAGGCAGGGGGGAGGGGGAAAGGGGGCGGGGCUUCGCCAUGCUGUACAUGACUACAAGUUAUCAUAAAUCACUGUGUACAAAAUGGGGUCAUUUUGUAGAUACUGAUUCAAGUAGAAAACAUCUCCAGAGUAUCUGCAGCAGAGGAAAACGGAAUGCCUUGCCUUUUUUCAGAUCGACUCUCCUGCCUUCUUCGCAUUUCAUCCGACAUUUCAUCAGUGUUUCUUCUUUUUUUUUGACUGAUUUACAGUCUUCCAUUUCAAUCUCCUGCUGAAAAUCACAGAAUUAACUCGGAUACUAAGCUUACUUUGUUUAGAGGCACAAGUUUGUGUUUGUAGUCAGAGGAAAACCUACAACUUGUACUUAUGUUUUAGACAAUUGAGUUGUUUUAAAGUCCUAUAGGACAGGAGUGUGGUAGCAGACAAUUACAAGGGGAGCAACUAUUGCGGAGUGUAAUGCUGAUAUCAUUUUGAGUAUUAUGUUUUUUUGUUUUUCCUCGGCUCGUAUUGUUUUUCUUAGCUGUACUUUAGACCUAAAGUGGAGGCGAGGAAGAAGCGGCCCACGGACGGCAAUCACGGCGGCCAAAUUACGACGAGAGCCGAGCUGCAGUCAUUUCACACCUCCACUAUAGAAGUGCCAUGUCCUCUUUUACGCUUUCACCAAUUUGUAGUAUUAUUAUUAUUUGCACCUUUUUUUUUUUUUUUUUUUAAUUUUCCGAUCAAAAAAAUUUUUUUUUUUUUUUUUGCACUUUGAAAGUGUGUCAAGUAUUUAAAGAAUCCUGCAAAACCGGGGGGUAAAAAAUAAAAAAAACAACAGUUGCUAAUAGCCAUGUUUUACUAUAUAUGUUUACUUAAGAGUUCCAGAAUUUACUACUGUGCUAUUGCAGCAAUAAUGUUGAGGAGAUGCAUCAAGAUGCGCUCGUCAACACAGGGAUCGAAAGAAAUUAAGAAAUAUCUGAUAUUUUUAUAAACAGCAAAGAGUUAAGUAUGGAAAUAUGGAAUGCUUUAUGGAUACGGGCACCUGCCUUUGGCAAAAAAAAAAGAAAAAAAGACAGAAAUAUCUAUACCUUACAGAAGACAAAACAUAUGCUAUGGAAAUAACAACAAAAUGUGUACAUUUGGUCUCCUUUAUCAUAGCUGACAAUUUAUAGUACUGUAUAUAAUCUUUGCUUGUGUCAUUUGAAAAUUCCCAAGUUAAAUGUAAGCUCCUUGUAAGCUUCGAAGUGACAUGAGAAAUAAAGAUCUAAUGCUAACUGA